GCCAGGUCCCGAUGGGAUCUCUGUGGUGGAGGUCCCAGAGCGGGCCAUUUGGGAGCCCCAGAGCCGGUGCAAGAUCGAGCGGACCAUGACCAACGACAUUGGCUGGGAGCCAGCCCUCCAGUUUGAUGAGCAGGGCAUACUCAUCGGCGGAGACAGCUACCUACAGGGAGGUGUUCGCCAGGACUACAAGGCCUGGGCCAAUCCCACGCUGCUGGGGCUCAUGGCAAUGGAGAGCAAGGUGGAAGUCUGCUACUGCGACAGUGACUGCGACAAUUCCUUCAACUACUUCAAGGUGGGGGAGAUCACGUCCAGCGACUCCGCGGGCAUCGCAAGGUGGACCAAAGUGCCGAACUUGGGAGGUCUCAUCCAAGAGAUCGAGUCGCUGCAGUAUGUCACAAAGCCAGGAGCGCUGACGCUGUACGCAGGCAUCAGGUCCACCUUGUCGGAGGGCAUGCACCCGUACGACAGCAUCCCCUGGCGCAAGAAGACCACGUUGAAGCUUGUGCCCUUCGACAACGAGUAUGUCUACCAGUUGGCCGACGCUGCGCCGAGCGAUCCCAAGGUGAACUUGGAGCAAUCCCUCGGGCUGGACCGCAGCAACACCAAGGAGGGCCGCCUAGCUCUGAAUGGCGCCUGCGCGAACGCGACCUUCAAUGCUGAGUACUACAACGGUCCCAGCUCUGAGGAGCUGGCGCGCGAGUACCUGGCCUACGUCUCCGGCGCCAGCAACUACCUGCCCUUCAGCGGGAUCGAGAACGAUGAGAGCUUCAACGCCUGGAAGGCGGGCAUCUUCGUGGUCUGCUACUGCGCCAUGCUGGACGCGGAGGAUUUGUGCGCCAGGCCCGACUACUUUAUCAGCGCCGCGAGGCUGAUGUUCCGGGGCCCUCUGACCGGCGUCUCUUUGAAUUUGCCCACGAGCUUUGUCGUGCGCAUCGACCUCGAAGGCUGGGGCUUCUCGGACACGGACUCCAUACGGCUCAUCAGUAUGACCCAGACGUGUCGGGAGAACGCCAACAACCCGCGGGGCGUGGAGGUCUACCGCCUGGGGUGUCCUGGCCUCAACGCGUCCAGCUGCCGCAGGCCCCAGGAGAAGGAGGACAUCUCCGUGCACGUCAUCUCAGCCGAUAUCACCGGCCUCUACAUCACCGAUAUCUCCAUUGGGGAGGCGUCCUCCGUGCUCACCUUCAACGGGGACAUUACGGCGGAGGUGUUGGACGGCGACGCCAUGACGCUGGACGAGACCUCGCUGCUGCUCAACGGGAGGAACUACACCACCUGGACCAUCUCGGAGCAGCAUACCGUCGCACAGCUCACUGGGUUUUACGGGUACGCAGACGAGCCCCAGGUGAAGCGCAUGCUCUGGAACCGGGUGUCCUACACAUCCCAAAACAACCAGCUGAGCAUCCCGGUGGGCUUCCCCGCGAGCUCAGUGCCGGACUUCGGCUUCGUGGAUGGCAAGGGCAAGUGGCACCGCCGGAACCGGUUGCAGACCCAGGAGGAGAUCAAGGUGGACGAAGCCGCGGAGGUGAAGAUCUGUUGGGGUGCCUUUGACAACGGCCGCCAACAGUACUACGGGGAGGCGGGGGUUCUGGCCUUCUCGGCUCCCACCUUCAUGGCGGACGCCGGGGUCUACCUCAGCAGCCGCCUCCAGGGCUCUCUGGGCAUGGCGGUGAUCUCCUUCUCCCCGACGCGAGGCACCACUUUCUACAAGGCCUACCACACUCCACUGGUCGUGCGACUCCUCUUCAAAGAGGUGGACUUCAUGAUGGAGCCUCUGCUCAGCGGGGAUGACCCGCAGCCCUUGCCGGAGGAGGCCUCCAUAGCCAUGGAGAAUGCAACGCAGGCGACCUGCGGACAGCUCUUUACAGAGAUGUGGACCAAUGACGACGCGGGGUUCCCUUUCCCUCGGGGUUGCUACUACGGGCAACUCUACACAGAUGUGGAGUCCACCAACGAGGCGCCGCGGCCCUCCUAUCGGGAAUACUUCAUCAUCUUCGAGCCGAAGGACGGUAUCAAGGACGUCUGCACCUUGACCGAGGGCCCCAUCACGCGCCUGGCGCCCUGCGUGUACCAGUUGGCGCUGAACGCUCGUGUGGGGGAGAUCAACAUGGUAAACCCGCGGGAGGUGAUCGGCAUCUACACCCAGUGCGCCGGCAAGUCGGGGUAUGCCACAGUCUGUGGGCCUCGGUACAGCGUGCUGGAGUAUGGCCCCGCCUACGCUGCAGACUCCACGCUGCCAGCGGAGGUGAAUAGCACCAAGAUCCGGGUGGAGCUGUUGCCGCUGAACCUCGCACGCGAGUUGAGCUCCCGCGGUCUGGACGGACACGCCAUGGAGGCUCUGGAGCUGCUGCCGUCGAUGAGCGAAAAUUCCGAGGAGUUUCUGGCCUUCGGCGUACGUGCCUGGUCGGAAGAUGCCUCGCAGCCCAUUGAGCGUGGAGGCCAGCUCAACAUCUUCUUCCGCCCCUUCACGCUCUGGGACAUCUCCGCCGCAGCCUUCUGCCGCGCCAUUUGCAUCCCCGCGCCGGGCCUCUCCUGUAGCGACGGCCGCGGAGGAGAGUUCGCGGACUGCGCCAUCCGGCCCAUGGUCCGUACUCCUUUCGAGAAUGUCAUUCCCAUGCAGAGGAACACUUUGUCCUUGUCCUACCCCUCCCUCAUGGACGAGAUCCCGAGCACUCGCGCCUCAGAGGCACACCUGUUGGAGAUCACAGAGCUCAGGCUACCAGAGGAGGGCUUCUUCACCAUGCAGAUGCUGGCGCAGUACCUGGACCGAGAUGUCUCCUUCCCCCGGGAGGCGGUGGUGGUGCCGAGCUUCAAGCGCACACCCCUGCCGGGCACCACCACCGGGCGCAUCGUCAUGGACGGGCAGACGGGGAACGGGCCCAGGCCUUUCAUCUUUGAGCGCCAGAACAUCCUCAUUGUCCGCAUCCAGGUGGGUGUCACACUUUCGAGCCCGGCCGUGGAUGAGCUUUUGCCGGCCGAAGAGUUCAACGAAACCGAGGAGGUGUUGCAGUACGUCCCGCGGCCGGUGGUGCAAAUUUUGCUGCCGCCUGACUACACCUGCAGAGUGGUGGGCAACGGCACCGCGGACCCGGACAACUCCUCGGACAUCUUCGUGCGGGAUUUGAACACCGACGGCUACGUGGACAACCCCAUGGGCACGGUGCUCUCAGGCGCCUGGUCCGCAGAUGGCCCUGUGUGCACCUUCACUUUGCAGAACUCCGCGAGCGUCUUCGCGCGGCAGAUCUUCUAUGUGCGCCUCUCCGUGAACAACCCACGAGAGGCGUUGCUGCGGAGUGACCUGGCGAACGUGUGGCGCAUCCGCAUCGCCGGGGCCAACAACACGCUGCUGGGGGAGUUGGUGAACUUUAUUUCCCUGGAAGAGGAAGCAGCAUACCCUGGUUGGGCAGGCAACUUGGCGGUUCUCACGCCCCUGGAGGGAGAGUCCCUGCAGCCCUCCAACCUCUCUGCAGGGGCGGAGAACUAUUUGAGCGUGUUCUUCGAGGCCAUCCACGCAAUGCCUGCCUACUCCUACAUCCUGCUGGAUGCACCAGAUGGCUUCGACUUCACCGACAAUUGCAGCGUGCUGCCGCUGGAGGACUUCUACUACUAUGACUGGCAAGGGCUCCCUUGGGGCGAGAGCGUCAUGGGCCCCGACGCGCUCACCAGCCCUUUAGGCUCCGUGAAUUGUACCACGGACAACUGGAAGCGCUCGGUGCUGUCGCCCCCGGCCACGCAAGACUUCACUCGCGCCAAGGUCAGGGUGGGGCGGACCCUCAUCGCCAGCAAGUACUACGGGUUCCAGAUCCGCGUCCGCAACGCAGACACUUGGAUGGCGGAGCAUCAUGAGGACUGGCGACUUUGGGUGCAGAGUCCGGAAGGCUACAUGGUCGACGGCUCGAAGUACACGAUUCAGUUCAACUCCGCGCGGAUCGACACGCUGCCGCAGAGCUUCUAUGACCGAAGUUGGGGCAUCUACGAAGAUUACUUCAAGACGCCUCUGUCCUUGGACUUCGGGACAAAUCUCCUGCUGCCGAGCGUGGUCUUCGAUAUGAGCACGGUCUUGACCAUCUAUCCGCUGACCCCCAGCAGCGAUGGUCAGCUGGUCAACGUGCGCCUCUUGGCCCCGGUGGGCUACGUCUGGGUGCCCGAAGUGGCCGGUGGCUGGCUCGGCCAUGUCCCGGAUGUCACCUGCGAGUACUGCCAGCUCGUGGUGACCCCACAGGUCCUACUGGAAAACGAGCUCAUUUUGCCUGACCUGGUCAUGCGCAUGGGCCGGCUCUAUGGGUUUCAGGUGCGCGUGCGAGUGCCUUCACGGCCUCCGACGCGGAGUUCUAACGCCUUCUUCCUGGAGAUGGGCUUCGAUCCCGGGACGACGGCCCUGCAGCGCAUGCAGGCCAUCAACAUGCCAGCGCCGCCCUUGCGUGUGGUGUCGCAAGCGCAGGUGGAGUCGCUCUGCAACCUGGCGGGCUUCGAGCAGAACACCAUGGAGUUCCACGUGCACAUUGCCUCGCCUCUGGAGGUGAACUCGGGCUUCCUGUUCCAGGGCGACGCGCUCACGCGCGGCACGCUGCUGCGUUGCUGGCCGGAGAUACGCACGGCCCACCAGCUGGACAGCUCCAACGGCUUCUGCGAGGUGUCCGAUGAUGUCGUCACCGGCCUGCCAAUGCUGAUGCUAUACGUGCUGCGUGGACAGUUCCCAGCAGGCCUCCACAUCUUCCGCUUUCGCCCGGUGCGGAACCCGCUGGCACCCACGGCGGAAAUGGGGCACUGGAGCUUCGGGACUUAUAUGGAGCUGCAGAACUACCCAAAGCACAAGGUCCUAGAUCUCAGCAAGAUGAUUCCAGUGCCCCGAAUGCUGCAGCUGCUGCCGAGCACCGGGCUCCUGCAGCCCCCGGCCUAUGAGAAGCCCUCCUUCGGGCGCGACGACGCGCCGGCGCGGACCAACGUGGUGACCUUCUACUUUAAGGUGGAGAAGCACCCGCAGGUCCCAGACAGCGUGCCGUACCUCUACAUCUCGCUGCGGGGGCCCUUGGGCUUUCACUUUCUGGAGGACUGCAGUGAAGGCUUGCAGGUGUUGAACAGUAGCCUGGACGCUGCUGAGUUCCCCUGCAGCGCCAGCAACUUCCCGCAGCAGGACUGGUGCCCUGGGGUCAUCUCCUCCUGGCCGCAGGGACUGGAGCUGGAGGCCUGUCUGGGCAUCGGCCACACCGCCCGCAUCUCGGUGCCCAAUCCGCUGGCGAGGACCUGGGAGGUGCCUCCCAACUUUCUGGAUGGGCGACUCUAUGCUUUCAGAAUUCAGGUUCGGAACCCGGAGCUUCAGAUCGAGGAGGGCAGCCAAUGGGCCAUGGACUUUGUGAGCAGCGCGGGCCAGCCCUUCGAUUCCUUGGUGGUGGAGACCUUUGGGAAGGACACAGAGCUGUAUUUGGCAUCGCCCAUGCACAUCCAGCCCUUCCUGCAAACCAUCGACCAGCAGUUCAUGCCAUUCCGUCUGGACUUCAUGCCCUACACUCUGGUGCCAGCUCCGAGGGCCAAUCGGCGUCUGCAGGGCACCGGUGGGGUUGCGCCACUGGCGCCUGAUGCGGAGGAGGGGUCCUUGGUCUUGGUGGCGCCCGAUGGCUUUACCUUCCGCUCUGGGGAUUUCCAGGUCUGCAUCGGCGCGUCCUUGGAGCGUAAGGAGCGGCUUCUCUGGGACGACGAGUUCUUCAGCGGCGCCAACUCCUUGUGCACGGUGUCGGCGGACGCUCGCGCCAUGACGUACACCCUGAUCCACGACAAGCCUCUGCUUCCUUUGGUGACCUACUCCUUGAGCUCUGUGGUCAAGAACCCAGACGUGGUGACCUACCCCGAUGCGGCAGAGUGGCUGCUGCAGAGUUUCAAGAAGUUCAUCGCCACGGAGCAGAGCAUCCGCCUGGACAGCUUGCUGGUGAAGGGCACCCCGAUGAUCGCCCCAGUGCCCUCCUUUCAGGUCACCAACUCUGCUAAGGAGUACACGGCAGGCAUACGCACACCGUUGAUCAACGUCACCAUGCGCUUCAACACCAAGCUGAGGAAUGGCGACACCAUCCGGCUGUUUACACCUCCAGGUUUCGACCUGAGCUCCGCCACUGGCGCCUGUCCCGAUUUCCGGUGGCCCGGCACCUUCCGGCCGCUGGUCUACUCGCCCCCGCCGGUGUGCAACUGCAGUAACUCCACCCAGUUCCUUUGCAGCUUGGUGAUCACCGUGCAAGAGAGCAACGUGUGGCAGGCGGAGGUCUUGCCGGAGAGGACCGUCAUCACUUUGGAGAUGAGUAUCAUCAAUGCGCCCAGCCUGCCGCGGGCAGUGGAGAACUUCUGGCGCUUGGAGCUGUGGGCGGGGGGGUACAAUCCCUACCCCCUGAGCGGCGGCCUCGUGAGCAGCUGGCCGAUCUACGGCCUCUUCAACAACUUGACCAUCGCCCUGGUGGGCACGGAGCGGCGUGCCGGCGCCAUGAGCGACUUGCAGUUCGACUUCAUACCUAGUGUCUUCGCCACCACGCUGGACAUCCAGAUCCACGAACCCGUGGGCUUCGACUUCCAGGUGGCCCGGGUGAACGCCCCAUGGGUGCGCCACGAGCUCACAGAGGGCUCGCGGCUGGUACUGAUCGGCGGGCGCCUCAUCCCCGAGCAGCCCACGCAGGUCACCCUGAGCUUGGUGCGCUUUGGGGAGGCCGGCGGACCUACCCGCAUCUCACUGCGCGCCUUCAAAGACGCGCAGAUGACGGAAGAAACCGCCAGGAGGAUCAACUUUCUGCAGGGCUUCCGACUCCCCGGCGCAGUCAUGGCGCACGACCUGGUGCUUUGGAGCGAGCGAGUGGUCGACCACUGGACUGGCCUGGCGCCGGAUUCGGUCAGCCCGUUGCUGCCUUGCCACACCAACCAGCUGGCCAGGUUCGAGGUCUUCGUGCAGAUCACCCGCUUCAUCCUGGACGGGGACGCGCUGGUCAUUACGAACUCGGUGCCUUUCGGCAUGGCGCCCUGGGAGCCCUCCACAGAGGCGGGUUACGAGUCGGCGCUGGAGAUGUGCCUCGACCCGUCCCACGGAGGCAUCGCCGAGAAUAGGACCUGGUUUUGCGAGAACCUGCAGGUGGUGAACGUCACCAGUCAGUCGGUGAUUCGCAAUAGCGUGGGCAUCGGCAUCGGUCUUCGGCUCACCUUGGGGUCCAUGCGCCCAGAGCACGUGCUCUCGCAGGCAAGUCUGGACGCUGUCGCCGGUGCGCUGCAGCUGGAAGGCGACCUGGGCAUGAGGGAGCUGGCUCUGGAGCAAGAUAGGGACUACCGGCUCCGAAUGUGGCUGAGACCAUCCUCCGCGCCUACGUUUUGGUCAAUCCUUACAGAGGAUGCUCAAAACUUCCUCUCCAACACCAACGACGGCCUGACACCCGGGGUGACUGCAGUGCCCGAGAUGCAGCUCUCGGUGACCCCGGCCUUGCAGAGGAGUCCGCCGCAGAGCUCCGUGGCGGUGGCGGUGGUGGUCACCAUGGGCCCCGGCCAGUCGCCCUUCAGCCGGCUCCAGCUGCUUCUGCCCUACGGCUACGCCCCCUACGGCGCCCAAGCGGAGCCCGGGAAGCGCCUCAUCGCGGAGCUCUCCAUGGAGGGCAUAGGCUUGCUAAGUACGGGCAUGACUUUCAACCUGCGGAUCCAGACUCCCUUGAACAACGUGCCGGAUGCCAGAUGGUUCGUCCUGGCGAAGGAGGUCAUCCUGAACGACAUUACUGGGGAGAUCACGGAGCCGGUGAACGGCUGGGCAUUGGCUGAGGGUUUCACCGUGGCGCCCUGCCCGGUGUCGCUGAUGUACGGCGCCAUCGCCUCCGCCUCAGGCUGGCUGGCCCUGCAGUUCUACGUGCCGCGACAAGUUCAAGGACGCUUCGUGCUCAUCACGGCGCCCUCGAGCUUGGAGAUUCGCUGCCCCAAGGUGGAGGAGACGGGCUUGGUCCUGGAGUGCGAAGACUUCCGCCCGCGGCCGGAAGUGCCGAACUUCCUGCAGACCUUGCAGCGCACGGUGAACGUGACCUUGACGGGAGGAACCGAAGAGGGAGACAACAUGCUCUACAUGUUCCUCCUGAAUGUCCUCACCCCGGCAGAGCUGACCGUCUACGAGCCCUGGCAGCUGCGGGUCCUGGACGACUCCUUCUCCGUGGUGGACGCUGCGCUGCAGGUGCCGCAGCCCAACUUUGUCGUGGACCUCGAGAUGGGAAAUCCCUCCCUGUCCUGGCUGCAGCCACCACAGCGCGGCGAGGUGUCCAACGUCCAGGUGGAGGUGUCCUUCCUGCGGCGCGUGAAGCAAGUGAAGGCCAUCCUGGUGUCUCUGCCUGAGAACUAUCGUCAUGACAUUCAGCACAAGAACCAGCUGCGGAAUGUGAACAAGCAGUUCCCCCUGACCAUCGACGAGGAGUGGCGCAUCUUCGAUAAUCUGAGGUACAUCAAGAUCCUGGUGGAGGUCACCGAGAGCGGCGAGGCGCAGAUCAUCACGGCGGGCACCUACCAGUGGCAGUUCCCCGUGAUGGUGCCCCUGAUCGAGCCCUUCGCCUCAGAGUGGUACGUCAGCCUUUGCGCCGACUCAGCCUGCACGACGCUGGGCGACCCGGGCAUCUCCGUGUCCUUCCCGGUGCUGAACAACGAGCCGCAGUUGCCGGCGCAGACCUUCCAGGUUGUCGCCCAAACGGGCGCUGCUUCUGGUUGGCGGAUUUCGCUGCUGGUCUUAGCCCUCGUGGCAUCUUAGCCCCAUCGGAACUGCGGGAGCAUCGCACCCCAUCUUAGUUGCUA